AUGGAAGAGUGCGAGGCUCUUUGUACAAGACUGGCGAUUAUGGUGAACGGACACUUCAAAUGUCUUGGCUCCACUCAGCAUCUUAAGAGCAGGUAAGGCAAGCUUGGGGCUUGAAAAAUUCGUGAACUCCAGCACUUCCUUUUGGGCAAGCAGCUCUCACAUUUUUUCCUGCCCGGGGCAACUACGUGCUUAGAGGAUAACUUUCCUGGACACUUGUCCAUCGGGCAAGUGAGCUUUAAAAUUUACUUGUCCAGGAAGAAAAUCUACUUGUAUUGUAUUGUAUUGUAUUGUAUUGUAUUUUUACUCCAUCCUAUAUAGAUAAUACAUCAGUUGUACAAUAUGAAUUAGUACUGUUUUUUCCUGCCCGGGGCAACUACAUGCUUAGAGGAUAACUUUCCUGGACACUUGUCCAUCGGGCAAGUGAGCUUUAAAAUUUACUUGUCCAGGAAGAAAAUCUACUUGUAUUGUAUUGUAUUGUAUUGUAUUUUUACUCCAUCCUAUAUAGAUAAUACAUCAGUUGUACAAUAUGAAUUAGUACAAGGCUGUUUAAACUAUGUGUACAUAAUAGCAAGAAAAAAAUUUAGAAUGGAGAAGGGCACAUAAUAGUAAAACUAAUUUUGACCCUUUAAGAAGAUUGACUUUAUGCCGUUAUAGCUUUGUUGUUCUUAAAACACAAACACGCACGCACGCGCGCACACCCACACGCACACAAGUCAAUAUUGAGCAAGAUAAUAUUUUUUAAGUGCCUUUUUGAACAGGAUUUUCGAUGAUUUAUUGCGAAUAGAAAGGGGGAGAUUGUUCCAAUAGUAUUUUCCAAUGACGGUAGUGCAAAACGUCUUGCUUCUUUCCUUUCUUUGACAUAUUCAAAUAAAAGACACUAACAGGAACUCUUACACGAAAAACUAAAUUAUUUAAACACACAAAUAAGGCAACAAAUAACACUAAACUAGCCAGCUUCAAAAGACGCGGCCAUCAUCAUCGCUGACCGCUGACUGCUGUAUCCCGGAUCACCGGAAGAGACUUCUUUUUCGAGCCCUGCAAGCUCUGUACUGAGCCAUUCCUUUCCUGAGUACCGUUACCUCGAUGCACCAUGGUAGAAUGUUCUUACUACUGAUCGACAGAGCAAAUGAGUUUAAUUCGGUAUGUUGCAGUUUAAACACGUCCCAAACCCUUACGAUAUUUUCGUGUCAUGUUCAGUGAGCGUGAAUAGAAUGCCUUCGUCAUUAUACAAAGCUUUGUAACUACAUUGUAAGGAAUCUUUGGUAUAAAAUAAGCCUGUAGAUGGGGAGCUUUUGAUGUCUUAGUUUAUUCUUUCUCUCUUGUUCUUAAUUUCCCAUCGAGUUCAAACUCAGAUCGGCCGUUGCUCUUCUUGCUAAAAUCAUCCGUUAUUUUAUUCACCAGAUUUGGAAGAGGGUAUACAUUGAUGGUUAAGGUCGGUAGCCACCAACCUACGGUGUCGCUCACAGGAAUAGCUGACCCUGAAGGUAAAGUAAAAAUUAUACCUUUUUGGGAAACUGCCCACCUACCCCUCCCCUUAGCCAACAUUAACACUUACUUCUCACUUAGGGCAAAAGGUUGGCUAAGGGAAGGGGUAGGUGGGCAGUUUUCCAGAAAAGUAUAAUGAUCCCAGUAAAUGAAUUGGUUGAUAAUGUUAACGGAUUCAACGAAUUGAAAACUUCCUCAGUAUAGUAUCAGUGUGUAGAAACUUGUGAUUUCCCAAAGUAUUUUGCCCACACGUUUCCCGCUAGGGUCGCCUUAAAUCGUAGGUUAAUACAUUGAACUUCAAAAUUAACUGUGGAAACACGUAGUGUAGGUAAUUCAGUGGUAACUAUUAACGGAGCAAAUGAAUGGAAAUCAAAGGCGCAGCCUUGAUCGUUAAGAACGUAUGAGAAAGAUUCCAAAAUAACUUGCGCUAGAAUUUCUAACAUAGAGUCAGCGCGUGGAAUUCUGUGUUUUAGAAUUUUCUAAAAAAAAAUAGUGUUGUUUUAAAAUCUAAUUUUAGGCGCUGUUGGGAGAAGAAGGGUGAAUAUAUCCUCUACAUGUCACAAUAUUUGCGACAAACAAUUGUUAUCUCCCCAUUUUGUUGGGAAAUUUAGUGUAGGUUUUUUUUGUCCUACAGCAUGCACUUGCUCCUCUUUUUUCACGUCAGGUUCUUUUAAAAAUGUCUUCGGUUUCUUACUUCUAGUAAAUCGUGUUGAAGUUGUACCCGCCUUUCAAAGUCCCCAUGCUGUUCCUUCAGGCCAGCCCCAGGUCUUUGCCAAUCCAACGGCUCAACUGGACAACCCUGAUUCCGCCGCGGCAAUAGAUGCUGUUAACAGAGUCAUGCAGUUUGUUACCAGUGCC